GCCAGCUUGCUGUAGUACGCCCUCCUCCCCGCCCUGCCUCGCGUUCCUCUUCCCUGUUGUUGGAGGAGGAUGGACUGACGGCUGGAGAUACUCUAUUGUGGGGGAUACGCGCUGCAAAAAACGAACCCAGCUAACGCGACGAUACAUUUCGCACCCGACCUUUCUUUGUUCCAGACUGUAACAGUGUCAGGUCGAGAGUCAUGAAGUCCUCAAACAGUCGCCCCUCCAGAGUGGGCAGAAACCCCUUCGUCCACGAGCUGAAAUUCACCAUGAGAGAGAAAGUAAAGAUUGGGCUCAUGUCUGUUACAGUGUUCCCCGUGCGUUUGCUGCUGGUGUCCUUCCUCAUGCUGCUUGCAUGGCCCUUCGCCUUCGCAGCUUCACUGGGACGCUCUGAAUUUGUCAUUGAACCGCAGUCAUGGUGGAGGAGGUGUAUAGAUGUGUGCCUGCGUGUCAUCAUGAGAGCUAUGUGGUUUUGCGGGGGGUUUCAUUGGAUCAAAGUAAAAGGGCAACAGGCGACGCCCUCUGAAGCUCCCAUUCUCACUGUGGCACCUCACUCCUCUUACUUUGAUGCCAUCCCUGUCACCAUGACCAUGUGCUCCAUAGUCACAAAGCUGGAGAGCAGGAGCAUCCCCGUCUGGGGCACUUUGAUCAGCUACAUCAGGCCAGUCUUUGUGUUUCGGUCUGACCAGGACUCAAGAAGAAAAACUGUUGAAGAAAUUAAGAGGAGAGCCCAAUCUGGAGGCGAGUGGCCUCAGAUCAUGAUCUUCCCAGAGGGGACCUGCACCAACAGGUCGGGUCUCAUCUUGUUCAAAGCUGGUGCUUUCAUACCAGGACUCCCAGUGCAGCCUGUAGUUCUACGAUACCCUAACAAACUGGACACUGUUUCAUGGACAUGGCGAGGCCCUGGAGCGUUCAAGAUCCUCUGGCUCACUUUGUGCCAACCUCAUAAUCCCAUGGAAAUAGAAUACCUGCCUAUUUACACGCCAUCAGAGGAAGAGAAGGAAAACACUUCCCUGUUCGCCAACAAUGUCAGAAAGGUCAUGGCCGAAGCGCUGGGGCUGCCACUUACAGGCCUGUCCUUUGAUGACCGGGACAUCAGCCUAUCACAGGGCCCCCUGCAAAUAUAUAACCUCUGCAGCCUGCUUGAGUUCAAUCUGCUGGUGUGUCGUUUGGGCCUGAGAGCCAAAGCUAGUUAUAAAUCACUGGAGGAGCAGGCCAGUAGAGCCAGAAAGCUGCAGGGAGACAGGCUGGGUUUGGAGGACUUUGCCCAAUUUGUCAAUCUGACAGUUACAGAAUCGCUCACACAAGUCCACAGCCUCUUCGACAAGCAUGGAGAUGGACUGAUUGACAUGAGACACUACAUUAUUGCUCUGUCAACCAUAUAUCAACCAUCAAAGUCGAUGGAGACGCUGAAAUUAGCCUUCAGGAUGUAUGAGAGCGAAGAGAACGGGGAAGUGCUAGAAGAAGAUUUGGCCUCCAUCUUGGAAAUAAUGUUAGGAGUUGAAGAUGUGGAGCUUUCAGGUUUCUUUUUAUCACUUGAUGGAACGGAUACAGGAAAGAUCACAUAUGGUGAACUUCGUCAUUUUAUAGAGCAGCAUCGGUACUUUGUCCAGGAUUUCCUUGAUUUUAAAAACCAUCCACGCCAUCUUUGCUUCGGUAGACCUGAGAGCUGCAACGGCGAGAACCACAACAAAGACGUCUGAAGAAUGCACACAGACAAUCCAGUGACUUUCUCAGCCCAACAGAUCCUCCAAUGCACGUUGCCUACUACCUCUGUUGCCUUCAACUGCAAGUGGAGAGGAAGGAGGAAACAGCGAUGAAAAACCUCUAAGGAUAGGGAUGGGAUAAGUGUAGCCCCGACUUCUUUUGAGUAUUUCCUACCUUCUUCUAUUCUUACCCAUCUAUAAAAAACUCUAUUUUGCCUUAUUUAUUUAUGUUUUAUUCCACCUAUUAAGACAAGAUAUUUAAGAGAUAAUCUAUUAAAAGGAAGCAGUUAGCGUUUUUAUUGAGUUUGUGUCUAAAGUAAGUAGUGUUGUUUGUCGCACAAAGACUUUAUAGCACAUUGCCCUAUCCUGCUGCUCUGUUCAAAUAAUAUACUUAGAUACAUAAAACUUUAUAUAUAUAUAUAUUAAGAAGGAUGAAGAUGCUGGAUAUGAUCAAACUAAACUGUGAAACAAAUACUAGGUAAAGCACCAAAAAGCCAUUGCAUCCAAAGAAAUUAUUUCUUCAAGCAGCCAUGAAUAUCUAAACCACCAACUCUUGGACCGGUGAAGAGUUCUGUUUUGAUUGUGGACUAAAGACUAAACAAAAUACAAUGUUUUUCCUUGUUAUUUUUAAUAUGAUAAAAUGUAAUGUUUUAGUUCUUUUCCAAAACUAUUUUUCGGUCAUCUUUAGGGAAAGUCAUAAAAUAUUCUGACUUUGAGAAAUGAAUUAUAAGUAAAAGGAAAUCAAUGAAGAUUUUUUAGCCUUUGGCAUAAAUCCUACUUUUAGAUAUUCCACAUCUUCAGGUUUCUAUGUCUGUGACUUUUUCAUGCAGGUGAAAACAUUGAUAUCAGGUGAUUUACACUGAACUUACAUAUUUUGUAUGGCUAUAAAGUUCAUGUAAUGUUUUAUUUCUUAACAAAAUGCAGAGUUGAAAGGUCCUUGCUUGUGACAUUUUUUUUCCUUGUGCUGUCACCUGCUGUCUUUGUCCACUAGGUGGAGCUCUGCUUUUACAUAUUCUAUUCUAUUUUCUAGACAUGACUUUGUGAGUGCCUCAUUAUCACUUUCAGUACUUGUAUGAAUCAAGUCAAAGGUUUUCAAAAUAAAAGCCCUGUUUUUUAAGCGUUA